AAAUAAUUAUCCCCAGGGUUGAACAAAGCAAGCACACAGUAACUAAGUAGUUAAUCACCACGACUACCACCGCACCGCAGAAAUCGAGAGCAGGACGAACAGCACUGCAUCACAAUACAAAAGUAACCUACAAAGAUGACUGAGGACACGGCCCCUGUGUCUCCUCCGCCUCCGGUGCUUGAUCACGAAAAUUCCUCUCCUGGACGAGAGCAGCAGUUUCAGAAAAUGGUUACCGAUGGUGCAGCAGCUGAAGGAGGUCCUCAUGAUCUUCUGGACGAGAUCGUGGCGCAGACCCAGCAGCUGCUGUCUAGUGCCAACAUCGAGAAGCCUAUGGAGAGAAAAAAGUUUGUCACAGUCACUAACUUGCAGGUUUUGCACUACAAAUUUUCUCAGCAUCACAAACUUUCCUUGUGUUGCAGAAACACUAGGGAAAUCCCUCAUGAAGUUUGGCUGUGAUGCAUUUUUACGCAUGACAAGCAAUUUUGUAUUGCAAGAAUGCGCAUGAGUGAUCGCGACGAACUUUUUUUCCUUGAUAAAGCCCCGGCUAACCGCCGACCGCUUGAAGAAGCCGCCGUUCCUAUUGAGAGGAAAAACCCCCCAUCCCCAUAUUGAAAAGGUAUGUUUCAUCCGAAAAUGUGUGUAGUUGCUGAUUUGUGACCACAAAUCAGGUUUGUCUUGCACGAAGACAAGUGCAGAGGCAUCCGCCCAAUUGUGAAGCGAUUUGGCACGCUGUUGGUCCUAGAUGGUAGCCGUUUGCAAUGCUGAGCAACUAGACCCGAGCGCUGCCACCCAGGCUGCGGAUCUGGCAGGAGUGCCGCACUGCAAGACAAGUCGGAUUUGUGUACACAAAUCAGCAACAGAAAUUUUUAUUUUGAUAUGGGGAGGGGGGAUUUUUCAUUUUGAUAGUUCCGCUUUCUGUUUGAUUUUUUGCACGCGCUAAUCGAGAAAUUCCCGGAAGAGCUCGAGGACCUCAAGACUUCGCUACCAGUAUGCAUUGCAAAUAGUAAUUGCUAAUCGUAAGUAGUAUUUAUUGCAAUACAAAUAAUUAGCUCAGCAUGACAGAGGGAACUUGUCAUGCCGAUUUACCCUCCUGAGCAAGAGACUUGUCAUGCGUGAUUGCGAUUACAUACUUUUGCAAUGCAUAACCAGGAGGGGGCAGCAACUCGUCGCAGCCCCAGCUUCCGAACAGCAAGCAAGAGAAGUGCGAUUGGCUCGACGCGUGGAUCAUUGCGGUCAUGCAAGCGAUAUGCAUUGCAAAAGUAUCGUACUCGUAUGAAUGCAUUACAAAUUUCCUCAGCAUGAGAAAGAAAAAUUGUAAUGCGGAUUUACCUUAACAGCAAGACUUAGUGCAUGUUUGCAAUUACUUUUACUACGAGUGCGAUACUUUUGCACAGGAUAAGCGAGCGCGGACCGGAACCCCUUCGAACCGCCCUCCUCGUUGAAAGUGGUAUGCGGGCAGGAGGCGGAAAAGACAAAUUUGCUGUUGCAGAGAACCUGGGACAUGUGCGUCCGGAACAAGGAAGAGCUGAACAAGCCCAUACCAGCAGGUAUACUUGUAAGUGUAAGUGUAUCGGGCAAGUAAAGGCGGAACAGCUGCGGCUUUGAGUUAAGUAUUUUCAUGCUGCAGCCAGCAGAAGUAACUACACCACACAUGAUACAGUGUCGUACGAGCAAUUCGUAAUUCUUAUACCAAACAAUUUCAGAUGACUUCUCCGCCGCAUUGGCGACCAUGACCACGUACAACCAGAAAUGGCUGAACAGCAAAGAGUAUCCACUGCAAAAAAUAGAAACCCGGGAGGUCUGGCGGAGAUGACUUGCGAUGGUGCGUAGUCGUGGACGAUGACCAAAUCUUUAUGUCUUCGGGAAAGUGGUCAGCCUAGCAUGGGAAGACACGCCGUUCUUGGCACGGUUUCGCAUGUAGUGCAGCGCGUUGAUAUUACACUGCAUGAAGACAUCAAAGGCAGCUGUGCUUCUGUUGGUCGUUACGCACAACAACCCAAAAAAUUUCACAUAUAGCACCAUACCGUGCAAGAGGACUAACACAGUGGAAGUUCUACCAGUCUCCAGGGCCAGCCUUGUACAUAUUUGCAAUGCAUAACAAGUACGAGAAAGUGCAGAAGAUCGAGAUGCCGGUAGAUCUGGACGAUGAGAACAGCGAAGAGGAAAUCGAGCAUUUGGACAACGAGGACGAUCAUAUGAUCCAAGAAAAAAACUGUGCUGAUGCGUCUUAGAGUUGUAUUAGCAUGACAAACUUGUUGCCCCACAUGACAGAUAAAGUUUGUCAUGCACAACGAGUUUAACUACGUGAUGAAAACACACAUGAAAACAAGAGGAUAUCAUGGAUGUCUGGCAUGACAAGUGUGAUUGUUUUGCUUUUUCUGCAUGACAGACUUUGACUUAUACUUACACAGCUUUUUUCAUGCAUAGACCACACGAAGACACUAGAAAUAGAUCCGGACAGAAUCAUCGCGGAAGAAGACUCAGACGGGGAGAUUUUGACAAAAGAGGAGCGUGUGCGGAAACAAGCCAGGGAAGAUUUGCAGAAGGAUGAGCGGUUCGCGAAAGUGCAAAACCUGUUGGACGAAAUGGACGCGGUUCUCGGUUCGGACGACGAUGACGGGAGGAAUAACAGAAACACACGAGCAGGUGGGUCACAACAGAGUAGAACUACUGGGUCAACAUCUUUACCACACAGCCAGGUCGCGGCACCAGCAGCACCACUAGACCACAACAACUCCCCGCACCUGAUGAUGAAUCGCAAACUGCACCAGCAGGAAGCCGCCAGCUUCGCCCAGCGCCCGGAGAGCCGGGGGGAGCGGCUGCGACCGAGCAACCAAAUGCAAGCGUAUUUCCAGCAGCAGCAGCAGCAGAUGGGGCACCACCUCCAGAGUGGUCAAAAUAUUGUGCAGAGUCGGAUGGGAGGAGCCACACCAGCAGCAUACGAAGACAACAAUUCCUAUGGAAGCGUCAGGAUUGAAAUCGUCAGAGUUGAAAUAGUUUGUGAUGCAUAAAACGCAACCCACAAAAGGCCUGUCUUGCAGAGUAGGCAAGUUAGGCAGAUUGUAAGCCUGUUGAGGGGUAGAAAUAUUAGAGCUGCUAAAGUAGCAUCACAAAAGGCGCCUUCCUUACCCAAACAGCAUGACAAACUGGAUUUCGGUUCUACCCAGAUUUGUCAUGCGCCACUUGAAAACUAGGGGCCAACUGGUAUUCGUUUUAUGCAUUACAAAUUGUUUCAACUUUGUCGAGUUCAAUCCUGACACUCCCAUAAUUCCAAACUGCGGCCGUACGAGGGGAGCAGCUCUUCCGGAUCCGGCUCGGAGUCGGAAAUCUCCGACGCAGAGUCGUCACCAGAGCGGAUGCGGCGGCCGACGCAACCACGUGGUAAAAACAACUAUCCGGGGUCCUCGCUCGAUUCCGAAGGACUGUCUUCCGCCUCGCCAGCCGCAAGGGGAACAAGAAACGAAGCGCGCAAUAACAAUAAGUUCCCGAAAUCAAGAACAGCGGGCGGCGGGAAAAACGGCGCACGGAUGAUCACAUCUAUUAGUAUUGGUUUUUCUCGAUAAACCUAAGUGUUGGCCUAAGUGAAUCCUAAGUAAAACCGAAGUAGUCCCUAAGUCUUUUUCCGGACUCGUGGCCGACGCAGAACCGCGGGAAAGUGGACCGGAAGAGGGCUCCAGCGGAAAGGAAAAUCCCGCGGAAGCAAAACAAAUUGGGGCGUAUCGGCGCGGUGCAGGUACGUUCCGGCGGGCAAGAUUAUUGGGACCUGCUUAAAGAGAAAAAAUAACAAGCGGCGUCCUGUUUGGCCGCGCAAUGCAGGGGAAAAUGCCGCGGGGACAUGAAAAAAAGAGCCGGGGCACGAAAAAACUCGCGAAACUAGCCAAAAAACAAAAGGCGCGCGCAGCGUGGAGGGUGCUCCGCGCGGCUUUGCGGGCGACCGUCGGAGCUUGUGGAUGCGUCGCGCGCUGCCCCGCCGGCGCCCCCGGCGCUUUCCGCCUGGAAGCCAUUCUGUGGCGCUUUUUUGUGUCGAAAAUAGCAAAAAGGGUCGCAGACUGAAGAAAAAAACUCGCAAACUCAAGAAAAAAGGUGGCAAACUGAAGAAGAAAAGUCGCAAGCUGAAGAAAAAAAGUUGCAAACUGAAGAAAAAAGGUGGCAACCUGAAGAAAAAAAGGCGGCGGCGGAGGGGCGCAAGGUACGGGGGCGCUUGCCGGGCGGCCUCGACAAGAGCCCGCGGACGCCGCCGCCACGGGGCCCCGCCCCCGGGGGGCGCCGAGGCGGGCGGGCCGGAGCCGUGUUCUGGCAGCCCUCCCGCCCGGGCCGCCUUCCGCGUUUUUUUUUUGGCGUUUUCGCCUUUUUUUUUCCGCAAAAACGACAAAGCGGAAAGUGAAUGGGUGCCUGUGGCACUCGGCAAAAACAGGAAGGCGGGUGGCGGAGUUCGGCCCGCAGCCCUCUGCAGCCAGCGGGACACACGCCGCCAGGGGCCCUGCGCCGGGACGGCCCCGCGGGUGCGUGGGUUUCCCGCCGACGCGAACCCAGCAUGGCCGCCGAAGGGGGCCGCGGCCGCUUCUUUUUUGUUCGCCCCGGCUUUUUUUUGCUGAUUUUGCAGAAAAACUGCCCAGAAACGGGAAAAAAAGGGGCACCCCAGGCCCCCCGAAAGCCCAGGCGCCCGGGGUGCCGGCCCCGCCAAAGAAGGCGGAGAGACCAUUUCGCGCUUUUUUUUGCCGUUUUCGCAGUUUUUUUUCGCGUUUUGCAGCUUUUUUUGCGGUGUUUUGCAUAUUCUGUUGCGUUUUGCCGGUUUUCAUUCGAGUUGUUUCCCCCCAGCCAAUGGCAGGCGAACUUUUUCUCCAACAAUUGGCGGGAGGAAACUCGGCCGAAAAUCGGGAAAAUGCAAAAAAAAAAAGCAAAACGCGGAAAAAACCAGCAAAAAACGCGAAAAAAAGCUGCAAAACGCGAAAAAAAACUGCGAAAACGGCAAAAAAAGCGCGAGGCGGUCUCUUGAAAUUCCACAAGCAGCGCGCGCCUGUUCCACGUCGCAGCCAGGCGGAACCUGGUUGCCACCUAGGAAGCCGAAGCUGGCUGGGGCCUCCGUCGAAUUGGGUGCAAAAAUUGGAAGUGGAAGUCUCCGGCAAAGUCGAAACCGGGAGAAAAAAUCUCCGGCAAAAGUUGGAAAUCCGGAAAACCCUAAGUGAGAGCUUGAGUGGGACCUAAGUGAAACCUAAGUCAGACCUAAGUCAAACCUAAGUCAAACCUAAGUGAAUCCGCAUGGUAUGGCCUAAGUUUCACUUAGGUUUCACUUAGGUUUCACUUAGGUUCCACUUAGGUUUCACUUAGGUUUCACUUAGGUUUCACUUAGGUUUCACUUAGGUUUCACUUAGGUUUCACUUAGGUUUCACUUAGGGUUCCACUUAGGGGCUCACUUUUUUCACUUAGGUUUCAUUUAGGUUUCACUUAGGUUCCACUUAGGUUCGACUUAGGUUCCACUUAGGUCUCACCUAGGUUUUUCCGAAUUUUCCAGCUUUUCCCGGAGAUUUUGCCUUCCAUUUUCGACUUUGCCGGAGAUCUUUCCUUCCACUUUUUACUUCCAGCUCGACGGAGGUUUGACGCAGGCGCCAGCUUCCGCUUCCUAGGUAGCAACCAGACUUCGCCUGGCUGCGAUGUAGAACAGGCGCGCGCUGCUUGUGCAAUUCCGAGACUUUUUUUACCAUUUUCGCAGUUUUUUUCUGCAAAACCGGAGAAAAUAAUCGCGAAAACAAAAAAACCUACGCGGGCGCCGGGGCCCCGUCAGCUUUCCGGAUUUAAUGUCGUGGCCUUUUUGGAUUGUGGAUUUUUGCGCGCGCGCCACAUUUUUUGGCGUAAAAACCGAAAAAAAAGUGCUAAAAACCGAACAAAAAGCGCUAAAUCGAAGAAAAAAACGGCGCCACGGCAAAAUUGCUGAGACCCGCGGGGGCUUUGUGUUUUUGGCGUUUGCAAUUUUUACCCGCGCGGCCGGCGCCGCGGGCGGGGCGGGCAGCCGUUUGACCCUCCGGGGCCCCGCUGGGCUAGGUUUUGCAUGUGGCCAGUUGGUUUUUUUUUGUGUGUUUUGCGAUUUUUUUUCGCGUUUUGCCGCUUUGUUUGCUGUGUUUUGCAUAUUUUUUUCGUGCUUUGCCGGUUUUCAAUCGAGCUGGCCCCCCCCCUCAGCCAAUGGCAGGCGAACUUGUUCCCCAACAAUUGGCGGGAGAAAACUCGACCGGGAACCGGGAGAACACCAAAAAAAGCAGCAAAACGCGAAAAAAAGCUGCAAAACGCGAAAAAUGGCAAGUGCCCAGCUUGCGACGGGGCCGCUUUUGUUUUUCUUCCGCGAACGGGCCCUGGAGCCUUUCCAACUUUCCCAAACAAGAGGAAAAGUCGCAAAAGUUUCAGCGUCCGUUCGUGGGGGAAGAAUGCAGCUGGCUGCGACCGUAGUGCCACUGUGUAUACGGCGUCGGGCGGCGGCAGUAGGUGGGCAGCCGGUUUGUUCUCUCUCCCGCAGGCGGGUGUUGGGGCGCUAUUUUGCAACUUUUCCAGAAGGGGGUGGAAAAGUCGCAACAGUUCCAGCCCGCCCGCGCGGGGGAAAGAACAAAAUGGCUGCGGCCGUAGUGCCAACUUGUAAGCGCUGGCUGCCACACGACGGCACUACGUGGGCAGCCAUUUUGUUCUUUCUCCCGCAAGGAGGGGCUGGGGCUUUUGCAAAUUUCCCAAAAGCAAGAGUAGCAAACGGCCCAGCUCUUCUCUAGUGCAAACGCCGCGCAAAGAAUCGCAUCGCGCGGCGUCUCUUUUCCUUCUUUUCCCCGCUAUGUCGCUGAUUCGUAGGCGCGAUUUUGCGUCGGGCCAUUGUCGCGAAAUUCAUUUGUGUUGGGUCUAGUCUAAGCUGGUUGGCAUGUUGGAAAGAAGACCGAUGGAAAUGCGCAGAACGCAUCAAAAUGCCAUCGGUCUACGUAUGGCAAUCCAAAAUAAUCAGAACAGAAUCCAGAUACUAAGCGGCUUUUGAAGCGAAACACGAGGGGAGUACACUUAGGAAUCACUUAGGUCAAAUAGUCCUUUAUUGAGAAAGUCCACUAGUAACAUCUAGUACUAGUUCCGCGCAUGACGCAACAACUUUUGGUGCGCCGGGCGACGACGAUUUUUCGGAGGAAUCUGACCACGGGAACGAGAUCGUCUUGUCCGACGACGAGAGACGGAAGAAAAAAAAGAAGGAAAAACAACGGCAGCAAAACGUCGGCCAAAAAUUUCCGCAAGCGAGAAGUGAAAAUAAACACCAGCGGGCGCGCAUGGUGGCAGAGCCGAUUGUCACGAUAGCGGACGCGAACGAGCAGGAAGAAAAAGAGCUUAUGCACUGCAAGAGCAUCGUAUUGGUAUUAGUAUAAAUUGCAUCACAAAUUUAGCUCAGCAUGAAAAAUUGAAUUUUUCAUGCUAAAUUACCUAGGAAACCAGAUUUGUCAUGCUAGUCUGGCAUUUAUACGAUACUUUUGCACAGGAUAGAGCUCUUGGAACAGCAAUUGAUAGAUCUGCAAGUAGAUGAACAACAUGCGGAGCAAGAUUCGUCCGGAUUGACUUUGAACGAGGAUCUAUCGCAAGAAAAAACUGUUUCACUGUGAACCUGUGAUGCAGAAAAUGGAACACAGAACUAUUUGUCUUGCUACACCUGCAAGGCAUUGGAUUUCCCCGCGUGUUUUCCCUUGGGAAGUGCGCAUGACAAAUUUUCAGCGUCAUGCGUAUACAAACUUGUGAUGCAGAUCUUGCAAAAUCAUCAUAGUGAAACACUUUUUUCGUGGGAUAGGACCCAGACACCUCCAACCUAACGAUUGCACCGGGAGAGGGGGAAGAAGAGACUUUGGUGUCUUCACCACAAAAGCAGCUGCAAGGGAACAACAAACAAGGACACCAGAACUUGAAGCACAUCGAGUCGGAGCCCACUAACGUCGGCACAGAUGUUGGAGAAGAUGCUCUUGCUAGUGCAGCAGACUAUGAAGAAGUAGAGAACUGUGUUGACGGCACCUCUCCGGGCGGGGGACACCGACAACGAGCAAAACAACAAGGCGAUGAACAAGAAAACAACGCACCGCCAGAAGACGAAGAGCAGCAGCUACAGCAGCUCGACCUCGCGAGUUUAACCAUCAGCUCAACGGUGAAAACCAUUUCCGAAGAGGCUGUCACCCGCUACGCAGGGGAACAGUUUCUCAACCAGCUACGACAAAAUCUGGAAAACUACGUGACUUUUGUCGCAAACGCGCCGGUAUCAAAUGCGAAUAUGUCUGGGUCUGGAAGCGUUGUGCCAACUUGUCAUGUUAAAUCUGGAUGAUGCGAAAAUCUGUGUUGCGUAAAAAUGACCAAUAGCUGUGCAUUUUGGACCAUGUUGAGAGGGAGUUUCUCAUGCAGGGUAGGCAUGAUACAGAUCUUACAGAAUCUGUCAUGCUAGUUCCUGCAUUCGAGACCUCACGCGUCAUGGAAAACUUGCAUGACAGGUCUUGCAUUCCGUCGCAGCCGUCCCAGACGUCCCAGACGCUGUUGUGUUUGUCUUUCGAUAGAAAUCGCGUUGUCCAGAGAUUUCUUCUAGAGUUUACCGAGUAUGUGGCUACAGUUUGUAGGAAUAGUUUACGAGGGGACGCCCAGCCCUUAGCCUUCCAACAUGACAGGUCUUGCAUUCAUCUUCCAAACCCAGACAAAUAUUUGCAUUUGAUAGCCGGCCAGCAGCCUGGUGAAGCAGGUGCAGCUGGUUGAGAAAAAUAAUGGAAAUGAGGAGGAGGAUGAGGAAGAAACAGAUAAAACCCCGGAGCAAAGAUUUUACCAGCAGGCCGUCGUGGUGUCUAUGUUUCAGCAGAUUCUUCUCGGUUUACAAUUGCACACACGGUUGUUGAGCUCAUCUGGUGGAGCCGAGCAACAAGAAAUGAUCACGGAAGUAAUCGCAGGUUCUUUGUCGGAGUUCGGACUGGUGGAGGAGUUGAAAGAAAAAGCGCUUGCGAGUUCCUCUUCUCCCGAUGGUGCUGGUUUAGUGGACCAGCAACUUGGUACAGCAAUUAGAACAACUUCUUCGCUGCUGCAUUAUCAAAUGUAAAAAUGUCUGGGUCUGGAAGAAUGCGCGAUUAAUAUUUACAUUGCUCGACUUCCGGGUUCUGGUAACGCAUACCCCUGGCGACAGGUGACCUUGACAGGCGACCUCGACAGGCGACCUCGACAGGUGACCUCGACAGGUGACCUCAACAGGUGACCUCGACAGGUGACCUCGACAGGUGACCUCGACAGGUGACCUCGACAGGGGACCUUGACAGGUGACCGCGACAGGUGACCGCGACAGGUGAACGCCCUGCCUUCCCCCACCAGUGCUUCGCGCACUAAGCCACUAUGCGCGCGCCUGGUGUGAGGCGAGGGGCGGACGCUGUCCGCCCCGAUGCCGAACACCCUUCCCCCACUAGUGCUUCGCGCACUGAGCCACCAUGCGCGCGCCUGGUGUGAGGCGAGGGGCGGACGCUGUCCGCCCCGAUGCCGAACACCCUUCCCCCACUAGCGCCACUAGGGACGGGCACAAGGCCCCAGCGUGGGGACCCUGUCCCCACGCUCGGGUGGGCCUUGUUUGUCAUGCAGCUUUUCCAUGAUCCAUGAGGUCUGGAAUGCAGGACCUAGCAUGAUAGAUUCUGUGCGACCUCUCUCAUGCCUAUCCUGCAUGGGAAACUCCCGUCCGACUUGGUCAAAACUGGACGACUUUUGGUAAUCAUGCAACACAGAUUUUUGCAUGCUUCAGAUUUAGCAUGACAGGAUGCAUUCUUCCAGACCCAGACACUUUUACAUUUGAUAUGCAUUUCCUAGUAACCAAACCCUCGGAGAAGCUCACGACAGACGUCGCCGAAGACUAUGACGAGUUGAUAUCGUAAGGAAAAAUCCCCCCUCCCCAUAUUGAAAACAAGGUAUGUCUCCGAAAAUUUGUGUUGCUCAUAAGAGGUCACAAACCACAUUUGUCGCGCAAGAAGGCAAGGGCAAAAGCUUCCGCCAUAUUAUGGAGGCGAUUUGUCAUGCUGAUGGGCCUAAAGGGGGACCGGUUGCCAUGCUGAGCAACUAGACCCAUACGUCCCCACCUAGCCUGAGGAUCUGGAAGCAAUGCCUCUCUGCAAUACAAAGCUGAUUUGUGUACACAGGUCCAGCUUCAGAAAUUCCGUUUUGAUCAUAUGGGGAGGGCGGAUUUUUCCUUUCGAUAGUUGAUUGAGAUCUUUCAAACCCUGCUGCGGCUCGAACCCGAAGAGAACGUAUACGCCUGCUUUCCCCCGAUUUUUCACCCAGAAGAAGGAGAGGGGGAGGAGUUUAAUCACGCAGUGGCUGGGAGUGAAGAGUUUGAUCAGCUCAAUAUCCUGAUGAAAAACGUCCCCACCCCAGAGUGAAGAUGGGAAAUCUGCUACACAAAUCAACCAGCUUUACUUGUUUGGCAUGACAAGUUCUUUGUCCUCGUAGUGUAGCCCUGUUUAGCUAGUUCGGAAGCAUCACAGAUCUAGCAUAGCAUGCUGGUUCUAGCGUCACAAAUCCCAAAGCACUAAGGGCUCCGCGUGAAAUACUUUUUUGGCAUGCUGAAAGAAUUGCAUGACAACUCUGGGCGGGUGGGGAUGUUUUUACACGGGAUACUCAACGGCAUCCGAGGACAUCAACCCACCUACCAAGAUGAGGCGGCGGAGCAGAUGAGGAGCUCGUACCACCUCACGAACCGGAGGUUUACCAACACGGCGACGAAUAUUUUACGGGGGUUUUGACAGAAGAUCGGAUGUUGCUGUAGAUAUCGACAAAUCUCCAAAGCUUCUAAACCGUGUGGUAGCUCCUGCGCGCAGCUCGCGGUCUUUGCUCUCUCGCUCUGCCGUUUUUGUGAAACCUAAGUAGAGAAGGCAAUAAAGGGCUCGCCUUUCUUGUGCGGUAGUCUCUUACCACCUGACGCUGUAACCACCGUCGUGGUGUUUUGAGCUAGCAGAGGGGAAUAAUGUGUGAAAGAUGAAGUGGCGGAGGCUGUCGUUGAUGUCGAAAUGUAUAGCGAUUUUUAGUGCAAAAAAUCGGUCCAAGUUGUAGGGGCACCUUCACGGUCUUCACGAUCUGUGCAUGCUGCGCAGGAAGAACAGGCUUGGUGUGGAUAAGUAAAAAAAUUGAUUAUUUGCAGGAGCUUAUUAUUUCUGAUUCUGUGCGCCUCGGGAAGAAAAGAGGAUGAUGUUCUACUUCUACAUGCAGGUGCACAGCAGCUAUGCGCCCGCCAACACAUCAGGAUUUAGCUACCACCGAGAGCUGUGGAUGAUCCUCUUAUUUUCCCUAACGGAGCUUUCCAUCUUGAAUCAUCCUGGAAUAAAUUAUGCACAGGCUCAUAUUUUUACUUAAACUUAUCAGCAAGUGCAUGGAUAGUGAUGGGUUUGUUGAAGCAGAUCAAGAUCAUGCUAUGCUCGUCCGAAGAUUCUGAAAAAAUGCCACUCUACUUUUGGAAGAU